ACAGGCCUGCAAACUCUGUCUCAUUCUCACAGAGAUCCAGGUAUGCACAAAUUGACCCACACUUGCAGAGGGAUUGGCAUGCAUGCUCAUGCACACUCUUCAGGCAGGAAGGGCAAGAAUAAACGCCCCAAGCCAAAGAGAGGUCCUCAGGGCACAUGGCCCCAUUCAUCAUGCCGCACCUCCCUGGUCCCUGCCAACACCCAACACUCGGCCUCUGACCUCUCCCUGUCUCUCUCUCUGUCUGUUCAGAUCUCAGAUGCGAUCCAGCGUUCCCGCCCAGACUCGUACUUGGCAGAGUUCCGGAGCCUGGAGUACGCUCUGAUGAUCUGCUGCUUUGUAGGGGCGAUGGGAGGGGCUGCCUUCUUGGCCACAGCCGUGUUCAUCGAGAGGGACCGCAGGAAGGCUGAGCUCUACACGCGAGGUGAGGGCUGCACCCACCCCCACAGCACCCACCCUUCCAAGUGGCACACCGACCCCCCAACCCCCCCUCCCCAUGGCACACAGCCGCAGCCCUUCCAAACCUCAUGGCCUGCACCUGACAUCGAUGGGCACCGAAAGGUGCUGUGGGGCGUUGCCUGUCAUCAGGGCUCGGUACCCCUGGACAGGGUGGAGGGCAUCACGGGUAUCGGGAAGGUAGGGACGGUGUGACUUUGGUGAGCGCCUGGAGAGGGAGAGGAGCGACCCCUGCGAGGGUGUGGGAAGGGAGAAGAGAGCAGGAGGCAGAGAGGUGGGCCAUUGGUAGAGGGAGGGUUUGGAGUGAGGAAGGGUGGUAGUGUCUGUGCUGUGGGGAGGA